CAUGGCUGACAGCAAGGCCAAGCCCGCCAAAGCCGCCAACAGGACACCGCCCAAGUCCCCAGGGGACCCCGCGAAGGACAAGGCAGCCAAGAGGCUGUCGCUGGAGUCAGAGGGGGCCAACGAGGGGGCGGCCGCAGCGGCGCCCGAGCUCAGCGCCCUGGAGGAGGCCUUCCGGCGGUUCGCGGUACACGGGGACACCAGGGCCACCGGGAGGGAGAUGCACGGCAAGAACUGGUCGAAGCUGUGCAAGGACUGCCAGGUGAUCGACGGCAAGAACGUGACCGUCACCGAUGUGGACAUCGUCUUCAGCAAGAUCAAGGGGAAGUCCUGCCGGACCAUCACCUUCGAGCAGUUCCAGGAGGCACUCGAGGAGCUCGCCAAGAAGCGCUUCAAGGACAAGAGCAGCGAGGAGGCUGUGCGCGAGGUGCACCGGCUCAUCGAGGGCCGCGCGCCCGUCAUCUCGGGGGUCACGAAAGCCAUCUCGUCGCCCACCGUGUCUCGGCUCACGGACACGACCAAGUUCACUGGCUCCCACAAGGAGCGCUUCGACCCGUCGGGCAGGGGCAAGGGGAAGGCCGGCCGCGUGGACCUGGUGGAUGAGUCGGGCUACGUGCCCGGCUACAAGCACGCGGGCACCUACGAUCAGAAGGUGCAGGGGGGCAAGUAGCACCGCGGCGGCGCCGAGCUCCGCGACGCUGCAGGGGUCCUUGCCUCCCAUCCCACUUCAUUACAUUCCUGUGCUCACUCGGGCAGGACUCAGACAGGUGCCUUUAGUAGGGCCGAGGCCCAGGUGGCUGUGGGCAGGACGCCUGGGCCUCCCUCCUGCCCAGGGCACCCUGACACUCUUUCUCAGGCCCUGAGUUUGGGCUCCGAAUCACUGACCCUUUCUAACACACCUGCCUCGUCCUAAGCUGGAAGUGGACGGCUGUUUCCAAGUGUCUCUGGGGAUCGACCACACUGGCUGCCUGGUUUGCAAGUGAAAGGCGCGUUUUAAAGGAACUGGUGGGUGUGGGGACAAGCGGGAUGGAUCCUGUCAGAGGCCACACUGACCUCCUAACUGGCAGACACCUUCCAGAAGCUUUGAGGGCAACAGGAGCUAAUGCACUAACCAACAACACAAAUAAAACGGCAUUAACCCUGAGCAGGACUUGGGCAGUGUCUGUGAGGGCCCCCAGGCCUGUCCUGCACACAGUAGACACCACGGGGUCACCUGUGCCGUGCUGGGCACCCAGCACUGUGCAGGUGCGGGGAGGCAGGUCACACAAGCACACGCUUGCACACGCUCAUGCCUGCAUGCACCCACAUGCACACACAUGCCCACACCCACCUACAGACCAGGUCUGUGCUAAGGGGGGUUGUGAUAAAAGGAAGGCUGAGGGGACAACAGAAAGCUGCUCAGUUGACCAGAAGGGUGACUUGUGGAGUGUGAGUUAGGAGGUUUUUAGUUUGCUUUCCUCCUAAGAAGAAAAAACGGCUAUUUCCUGAGUGGGUCCAGGAAGAUUCGGAAUGUCGUAUUUCCAUGAAUUACUCCCCACCCGUCCCUGUCUCCAGGGUGGGAGAUGACAGAUUCUGACAUGAGCAGUGGCUCCACCUGCGUGUGGUGGGGGCCUUCUGCCUGGGCAUCUCCCGCUUGCUGGUUCACGCUGGCCGCGCCCUGCUCUGCUCAGACUUCCUAUCACUCGCGCCUGUGCGGUGCCUUCCACUCCCUCCCUGAAGCCUCUGUCAUAAAUGGCUUUCCCUACCCUCUCCUGAUCCCUUGGAGUGCAGGACAAAAAACACCAUGAACAGACCUAAGGAAGACCCCCCACACUGAGUCCUGCAUAGUGUGCUGGGGACAGCUGAGUGUACGGGUGUCAGCAGACAGCCUGCCCAGGACCCUGCGAGGGUCAUCCACGCUGCGAGGCGCAGCAGGACCACCUGUCCUCACAUGACUGUUGGCACCCGCGUGAGAACCGGGUGCUCCUGCUGCAUCCCAGGGAGGCCCAUCAGCGUGGGCACCCGCUGUCACAGUGAUCCAUGGAAACCUGUCCCUUUGCGUGAGAGCAGCCAUAGCCUUGCAUGUGACCUGCUGUGCCGUGUGUUCUGGAGUUCGUCUUGGGAAGAGCCCACGGCAGCUUCAAGGAAGUGCCUCCCAAGAUCCUGUUUGUUCCUGGCCACAGCCUGACUGUCCAGGGCAGGUGGCACAGGUGGACAGCGAGGCCCCCUCCCUCGCUGCCAUGGCAUGCCAACAUGCCUCCUGUCUCCCCUGAGCCCAGAAAGUGCACCCAGUCAUGGCCGCAGCCCCAUGGAAGGCCAGCUGCCCGCCUGAGCACAGCAGGAGCCCCAGGGCCAGAGCUCCCAGCGACAUGGUCCUCUGAGGGCUGGGGGUCUCAAGCAGGCCCCUCAACAGGGAGGCCUCAACUCAAGGAUGGUGCUGGCCCGGCAAGCAGCUUCUCUCUGAGGUUCUGGGAGUUCAUGGUACCUGGCAUUAAAGACUGAGAAAUAUUGGAUCUCAGGCUUUGAGACUCCCUUUUAGGACGUCAUUUCGCUGGGCUGGGGAAAGGCAGUCGGGAUGUCUGACCCCAGUCCUGGGCUUUUCACCUCCCCCAGGCUGGAGUUUUGUGUGAAACCUAAAGGCAAAGGUAGCAUGUGAGAAACAUUUGAAAACAAUUAUAAACAUGCAAAGUGUUUAAUCUGAUCACAGCCCGAAAGCCCUUGUGUUCAAAAUGCCAAAUGAGUUUUGUUUGUGGUCACUAAACAGGGCUCCGCCCCAGGUCCAGAAGCCAGAAACCUGGAAGGAUUCCCCCACACACAGCCUCCCGGGGUUCCUGCCUUCUCUGGCAGCCCUGGUCUCAGCGAGGUACUGCCGUGGGCUGCCCAUCUCUGGUCUGAGGCUGCUUUUCUCCUUUUCUUCUGCCCGUGAACCACGCAGUCUCCAUCAUCACAGCCGAGCUGCACAGAAUGGAUGAGUCUGGCAGGACCUCAGCUGCUAGAGCCGAACGCACCCAGUCAGUGCAGAAGGCAGCGAGUGUCCGGACGCUCCCACGCCGCGCAUCAGCAGUGGAUGCUCCCCUAGGCCCCACGGUCCUCUGCAGGGAUGCAGGACACUGAAGAGAGCAGUAACCAAUCAUCAGGACAUUGUCUCCUGUUCAGUGAGUUGUCCUGAACCAUCUCCAAACCAAGUCCUGGGCCAGCCUGCCCCAGAAGUACACUAGGAAAUUGGAUCUACUCAGAAGAGACAACACAAGUGCCCGUCCUCAGGGGACCACCUAACCUCCUAGGGAGGAGGCACCUGUCACAGACGGUCACCUCAGCCACAUGGCCAGCAUCUUCCUCACAGCAGUUCCUCCCCAGAACUGAAUGCAGCAGCCCAGAGCAGCAGGCCCGGGCCUGUGGAGUGCCAGCACCACCCAUCUCAGGCCCCCAGAGGUGAGCUCCUUGACAAGAAAUGAUCCUUUCACUUCAAAUCUUUGGGUUUUGUGAAUAAAAAUCGAGGGCAGUCACCCCGCCUUGUUGGCCCUUCCCGUCCUAGACUGGAGUGACCUUGGGCUCCUGCAGGGAGAACCCCACGCCCCAGACUCUCCCUCCACACGGCUCCCAGGGGUGGUGCCUGGCCCACGGUAUCACGGCAGAUAAGCAGUUCUCAUUGUGUCCCUGCCCAUCCCGACCGGUCCCCAGUUUUCCGCAGACACACACGGGCCAGGACAGUAUCCUCCUCUAGUCAGAUUCAAAGUGUAGCUUUGAAAACAACCCUCCCCUCCCAUCCAUGACACCUAGCAAGAAAGGGGUAGUAAAAAUUAAGUCACAAGGACUUCGUGGUAACCAUUCUAUCAGUUCAAAAUCGGUGAACUCAUCAUUGCAUCUGUGUGUAGCCUUUGAACACAGAACAUCUGCUUGGACUCCAACUGUACUGAACAAAACAUACACACGCAUUUGCCUCAGUUUCUGAAUAUUGUAAAAGCACAGGCAAUGAGUUUGUCUUUGUUGCAUGUUUUUAUUCCAUGCCAGUUAGCUUCUACUAACAGUGGUUAAAUAGAAAUUAAAUUGUCUAUCUGUGAAUAAAAGAAACUGCACAGCAUGCAACCCAGGACACGAGACACAUUCUGUUGGGGCAGGGCCCCCGGGAGACAGGGGCACCCAGGAGACAGGCACAGGUUCUGUCAGGAGUUGACACCCAGGAGAUAAGCAUAGGUUCUGUCAGGGGAAGACACCCAGGAGACAGGCACAGGUUCUGUCAGGGAGGACAGUGCUGAUGGUACCUAAGCAUCAGGAGAGAAGGGUAGAAGAAGUGUUUGAGAUCAUUGCUCGAGAUCACAAUACUUAUUUAUUUCUAUUUAAUGCUUUAGGAUAAGCAACUAGGUAGAGGUCAAUAACAGCUUUAAAGUUCAAAUUAUAUGUUUAAAGUAUUAUAGCAAAAGACAUAUAUUUUUAUUAGACUAUUUUACACCUUUUAAUAUCCCCAGUCUUAAAUUUAGGGGCAGAUAAGUAUUACAGCAGAUGCCAGUAUUUGAGAAAAGAUACACGUAGGAGUUCGCUUGCAUAGUUCCCUUUCACCUCCCCACCUCUGCGUGCCAGUGGCUGACACAUCAGGGCAGGCCACGGGCAGCCCAGGAUAUGGGCUCACUCCCUCCCUCCCCACAGCUCUGGGCUGCUACAGCCACCUGUUUUUGCGGAUAAAGUUUUACUGGCACAUGGCCACACCGUUUACAUAUUGUCUGUAACUGCUUUUGCACAAAAACUGGAGUGGGAGGAGUUGAGACAGGGACGCCAUGGCCCUCAACACCUAAAAUAUUUACAAUUUAUCCCUUUAUGGAAAAGUCCUGCUCAUUUCCUCCUGCAGGUGACUGUACACGUCCUGUAGCACAUGCCACAUGGGAACACCUGGUUGUCACCUGUUUAAUACAGCACAGGUUGACAAUUCAACUGUACUGUGAAGUUAUCCAUAGGCUAGAAUGUCCUUCAGACACUGAACCUGAAUAUCCUUCUCCACUGACUUACUCCUGACCACUGUGUGAACUCUGGUGGGUCAGGGAUGUAGCCUUUGUCCACAGAUGUGUGGUGGGGAGUCAUGACAGGCACUUUGAGAUGCUUCAGUUAAGUCUCUUCCUUUACACCUCUUAAAAAACUAAACCAAGCCAAACAAUAAAGGAAACCUGCACAACUUAAAAGAAACUUGAAAGGGAUAAAAUACUACUAGUUUGUACUAAGUUUUUUUCAAGAAAGGGAAACAAAUUUAUAUAUAUAUAUAUAUAUAUAUGCAAUAUAUUUUUACACUGUUUUAUUAAUGUCAGGGGGUAUUGAGCGUAUCACUUUACUAGCGCAAUAGGUAAUGUCAAUGUCAUGGGUGUUCCAACUCAGAGAGGCACUUCUGCUGAUGUCUAAACCACACUCACCAGGAACGUCCGUGGGGUCAGGGAGGCCCUGCUGCCCCUCCCAAGAGCGCGGUGUCACCUGCUGGACUUGCUAUCAAAGCCUAGCUUGCAAACCUUCAGAGAAAGAGCUCGUGUCUGCAUAUCGCUCCUUGUGUAUUUCAUGUUGUUAACAUUGUGUGUCAAGUUGGUAAAAUGAUGAAUAAAGAUGUUAAAAUGUGGA